CAUCUAGGAGUGAGUAGUGACAGAUCAAAAAAAAAAAACACAGAUCUCUCAUUCCACUUUGCACAAAACCCUAAGACAAGACGAGAGAUCCCUCCCACCCAACCCAACUAUGUCGGAGGACAAGAACUCGAAGCACAACAGACACCACCGCUCCACCCUCUUCGAUUCCAUGUACCCACUCGUCGCGCUAACCCUCGCACUCGUCGCCUGCGUCGAGCUCUGCGACGCCGCCACCGUAGUAGACGUCUACCGCCUCAUCCAGUACGACAUCUCCGGCGCUCCUUUCGGCUCUCGUUUCUCCUCCCUCAACCACCACGCCGCCUCCCUCAGCUUCCACCCCGGCGCCGAUCUAUCCCGCUCCGUCCUCAUCCUCCCGCUCCGUGACCUCGAUCUCGCCUUCCUCCAAGAUUACAUCUCGCAGAAGCAGUCUCUUGGAGGAUUGUUGAUUUUGCUUCCCCAGAUGUUUAGACCUGGUGGAAAUGUGAUCUCUGAAACCCUAGGGCUUAGGAGGUUACUAGGACAGCUUGAGAAGUUGCUUAUUCAUAGCAACAUCCCUUUUCCUGUGUACUUCGCCUUUGAGAAUGAAGAGACUGAUGCUAUGUUGGCUGAUGUCAAGAAAAAUGAUGCUCUUGGUCAGCAAGCUACUGCUACCACUGGCGGAUAUAAACUAGUUAUCUCCGUAUCAGAGCCUAGGAAAAUUGCAUCUCCCACCAUCACAAACAUUCAGGGAUGGCUUCCAGGAUCAAGAGCAGAAGGAGAUUCCAACCAACUUCCAACAAUUGCUGUUGUAGCAUCCUAUGAUACCUUCGGAGCAGCUCCUGCACUAUCAGUUGGAAGUGAUAGCAAUGGGAGUGGGGUGGUGGCGCUUCUUGAAGUAGCUAGACUGUUUUCCACUCUUUACUCAAAUCCCAAGACAAGAGGAAGAUACAAUUUACUUUUUGCACUGACAUCUGGUGGACCCUACAACUACGAAGGAACUCAGAAGUGGCUGAAAAGCCUUGAUCAGAGGAUGCGUGAGAGCAUUGAUUAUGCCAUUUGCUUGAACAGUGUUGGUUCUUGGGACAAUGAAUUACUGGUUCACGUGUCAAAGCCUCCGGAGAACGCCUAUAUAAAACAAAUCUUUGAGGGCUUCUCUAAUGUGGCAGAAGACUUGGGUUUUCAAGUUUCCCUGAAGCACAAGAAGAUUAAUAUCUCUAAUUCACGAGUUGCUUGGGAGCAUGAACAAUUUUCAAGACUCAGAGUAACAGCAGCCACUGUAUCCGGACUUUCGGCUCCACCCGAGUUACUGGAAAGUGCUGGAAGUUUGUCUGAUACGAGGCAACAUGUGAAUGAGGAUGCUAUCAUUAAGGGUGUCAAGUUAGUGGCUGAAAGCCUUGCGAGGCAUAUCUAUGGUCACCAAGGAAAAGACAUACAGAUUUUUGCAGAUAAUAGUAGUUUGGCUGUAAAUCCGUUUUAUGUGAGAUCGUGGUUGGACAGUUUGUCACAAACUCCUCGGGUGGCACCAUUUCUCUCAAAGAAUGAACCACUAAUAAUGGCUCUGAAGAAGGAACUAGAGGAUUAUACCGCUGAAGUGAGUAUCCAACAAGAAUCUUUAGAUGGAAUUUUCACCUUUUACGACUCAACAAAGGCUAGCCUUAACAUAUACCAGGUGGCGAGUGUAACAUUCGACUUGCUCUUGCUUCUGGUGUUAGGAUCAUACUUGAUAAUGCUUUUCAGUUUCCUCGUCAUCACAACUCGGGGUCUGGAUGACUUGAUAAGCAUAUUCCGCCGGCCUCCUUCCCGGAAAAUGAAAAUGGCCUGAUCGUCCACUUUAUAUUCUUCUCAUCUCUUUCUCAUUUGGGCCAUUCACUCUCGGAUUUGUUACAAGUUGAAUCUUGAAAGAAUUCACAAAUAGAAGAGCAAAAGAAAAAUGAGAAUGUCUUGGCUUCUCUUCGACCUUUUGUUUUGCUGUAUUCCUUUCUUGAUCGAGCUGUUAUCGCUUCUUAUUAUUAACGUUGUAGUUUUCGUUUAAUUUCUUUUGGUUAAAAUUAGUAUUGUCCU